GCUGAAUAUGAGGAAACAGGAGUUUCUAGCAGUACUGUGACUAUAUGUCACACUUUUCCCUGGUCCUCUGGUUGUCCUUCUCAUAUGGCAGCAGUGAGGGGAAAAUUUCCGUGCUCGUGGCUGCUGCUGUGGCUCUUUAUCCGGCUGUCAGAGACUGAAAACGUCCGAAUUUCCAUGGAUGAUGAUGUUCUGCUGCCAUAUGCAAAUGGCCAUGGCCCCUCCCAUUCUCAUCGCCAUGUCAGAGACUGUCAACCUGUCGCCCACGGCAAAGUCACCCAUGAGAUCUGGCCUUCCAGUAACCGCAGCGGGCUCCCGGUGGCCCAGUCUUCAGUCCUUGUGACCAGCGUACGGGGCUCGAGCUGGGUGUACGGUCAUAUGACGGUAGUCCACGACCCUUUGAGGACUGUGUCGGUGUUGGAGCCCGGUGGGCCAGGUGGCUGUGGGAUGAAGUACAGGGGAACAGUGGAGGACACAGCCAAAGCUGCGGAGUGUCUAUACGCUCAGAACGCUGGCUUCUUCGACAUGGACACUGGCGAGUGUCUGGGUAACGUGGUGAGCAAUGGCAGGUUGAUGAAGAACAGUGGCGGUGUGCAGAACGCCCAGUUUGGCAUCCGGAGGGAUGGAACGCUGGUGUUUGGGUAUUUAUCAGAAGAAGACGUUGUGGACCAGAUCAACCCAUUUGUCCAGCUGGUCAGCGGUGUGGUGUGGUUGUUGAGAAACAGUGAAGUGUAUAUAAGCCAGAGCCUGGAGGCGGAGUGCAACAAAUCACAGAACACAGGGUCAUUGCAUUAUUUCACAGACGUGAUAUCCGCCAGAACUGCAGUGGGUCACAACGCUGAGGGCGAACUGAUCCUGUUCCACAUCGAUGGGCAGACUGAGCACAGAGGUAUGAGUCUGUGGGAAGUGGCUGAGUUUCUGAAGAGUUACGGCGUGAUCAAUGCCAUUAAUCUGGAUGGAGGCGGGUCUUCUACUUACGUAGUUAAUGGAUCACUGGCCAGCUAUCCUUCUGAUCACUGUAAACCAGACAAUAGGUGGCGCUGUGGCCGGCCUGUCUCCACUAUCCUGUGCAUCCACCAACACGGUUGCCAGCCGGCAGACUGCAGUGGUCACGGCGUCUGUGUGGGUGGUCACUGUCAGUGCCAGAAGGGUUGGCAGGGUCACGCCUGUGACACCCAGAUGUGUCAGACACAGACCUGUGGCCCUCAUGGAAACUGCACCUCCAAUGGCUGCGUGUGUGACGCUGGAUGGAGAGGAGAGAACUGCAGUCGAGAAUGUGACCCGGGUUUCUAUGGUCACGGCUGCAAUCAGACCUGCACCUGUGCCAACGGUGCUUCCUGCAACCCCGUCCAUGGCCAGUGCACAUGCCUGGCUGGUUUCCGCGGAAACUCCUGUGAACAAGUGUGUCCUCUGGGUUUCUACGGUCCAUCUUGUGUCAAGGAGUGUCACUGUGACGACCAGUGCCUGUGUGACCCAGGGACAGGAAGCUGCAACAUCACACUGCGAGGGGAGACCACCCGGACCCUGCAGAGAGCUGGACAUUGUCUUGCAAAACAGAUGUUUAAAUCAUGGAAACAAGGAGAAGCUCACAAAGAUGAACCCUUUCUAUCACAGCGUAUUUGGCUGAUCAUCACUGUCACACUUUUCUCUCUGCUGUCAGUCAGCGUGGCAGUUCACCUGGUGCAGCGGUGUCGGGGGUCAGUUGAGGUUCGCUCUCCUGAACGCCGCAAUUAUGCCUAUGUGCCGCUGGGUGACAUCAGCAGAUCCUCCGCGCACCCCGGACACUCUGCCGAGUCACACUCUGGGAAAGGCGCUUUUGAGUUGGGAGAGUCGGACUCUCAGGAUGAAGUCUAGGAACCGCCGAUCAUGGCGACUCCUAGACUGUAGGGCAUCAGCAGGAAAGCCAUCAGAGGCCUGACGACUGAGUGAAGACUGAAUCUUAAGAUGUUUUCUGCUUUCAGCAACAGAAAUGACACAUUAUUCUUGCCUGCAGAAAUGAAACACAAGACGAGGACAGAGCACAAGUUAUGUUUUGUACUCUGCUGAUAUCAGCAAUGUUUCAGGUACUUUAAGUAAGAAGCUUUUGGCAGCUGAUCAAGUGUUUUGUGAGUUUUCUUAGAGCUGAAGAAUCAAGGCAACAAAUGUAAUAAUGAUAACAAUAAUUCUAUUCAGCUGGUUGUAUAUUGUUGCAUAAUGUGAAUAUUACAUUAUGAAUAGACAGUUGGAUUUCAGAAUUGAAAUUCAGAUCUCAAAACACUUUUUAUGCUAAAAGUGAGAGUUUUAAGAUGGUUUCCCAUUUUGCACAAAGCGCUCUGUGAAUGUAAAACUUAAAGCUGUAUGGGCUUUCAAAUUUCAGAAAACUGUCAAAAUUUAGUUUCUACUGAAAUCUAAGCAUUUGUUUAUUUUUGUAAGAUGUUGCAGAAUUAGAUUUUAUUCUAAUGACGAGAAGAUAUUUAUCUUGGUGGGGGGGGGAUUCCAUUUUCCUUCUGGUGCCUCCUACAGGAGGAAGUGUGUCUGAGCAUGCCUGAGGUUUUGAGAAGACCUGUAACCUGACCCACUUGCGUCAUACUUGUUCCCAGGUCAUGCACGCUAAGAUCCAUAGGAAAAAGUCCCUUCAGUUGCUCCCUUGUUUUCACUCGGGGUCGCCACAGCAAAUCCGAGGUGGAUGUGCAUGUUGAAUUGGCACAAAUUUGAUGCAGGAUGCCCUUCCCGAUGCAACUCCACAUUAUGUGGAGAAAUAUGGCAGCGUCGGGGUUUGAACUGGGAACCUUACACACUCACUUGGCCACAACCUCUACCACGUUGAGAUCCAUAAGAAAUCUUGUAGAUCACAUUAUUAGUGUAUCUUGGUUUCAAAAAGAGUUUUUAUAUUUAGAAGUGUUUAUUUUAACUUUUUACAAAAUAUUACAGAAACAGAUUUAUACAGAAAUAAGCUCUUUUGGAGCAUUUCCCACCAUCUUGGUGUAUUUUCUUCGAGCGAACAGUCAGCUGGCAUCGCCCUGCCUUUCUUGAGUCUGAUUGGCAGUUACUAUGUUUCUUCCCAGCAUCCUCGGGCAGAUCGGGGGAAGCCCCCACGUGAUCUAUGAUGUCGCUACCAAAUGUUGGUCAUGUAGUCUGACUGCUUGAAUUUGUCCCCAUCAGGGGUUGAAAUUGUAAAUUGUUUCCAGACAGUGUGAAUUUUGCUAUUAUUGGUAAUAUCAUAUUACAGAUCCCUUAUUUAAAUAAGGAAUAAAAUUACAGUGGUGCCAAAGAAAUUUUUUUUAUGACUUAAAUAAAAAAAAACAUCUGGAGGUUGUACAGCUUUAACCCCCUACCACACGCCUCAUUUUGGCUUGUCAGUAUCUCAAUUAAAAAGUGAAAUUUCCUAUCGAUGAGAUAUACAGGCUUAGAAGGGGUUAAAUUAAGUGCUGUGACUCCUGUCAAGGAUGGGAUCCCAGCUGGAUCUGAGCUUUGUGAUGUUAUAAGAAUAGGAUGCUAAAGAGGCCAGAGUAAUUAAAGGGCCACGUUGUGACCAAAAGAAAAAAAAAAAAAA